GCGCACCACCCGCACAUCGACACCACGACCAGCAUGAGCGGCGGCACGAGCGAGUACCUGACUCAGUCGGCCAUGAUGAGCUUCGGCCCGAUCAACGCGAUCCACCAGCACCUGUCGGGCCUGCACUGCUACGCCGACGACCGCACGUCCGUCGUAGCGGCGCACCACUUCUGCAGCUGCCAGAGCAAGGACGACGACGGCGUCGCUAAGCUGAGGCAGUGCGUCAUCUAUGACAGCGACAAGCCCGAUGCGCGCCUGAUCGGGAUCGAGUACGUCGCGUCCGAAGCGCUCUUCAAGUCUCUGCCCGAGGAGGAGAAGAAGUACUGGCACUCGCACAAGUACGAGGUCGAGAGCGGGCAGCUCGUGUUGCGGAGCAAGAACUGGGUCCCGCUCGCGGCCGAGGACCUCGCUGAGCAGCCGACGAUGCAGGAGCUUCAAACGACCUAUGGCAAGACGAUCCACACCUGGUCGGUCGACGAGCAUCCCGACGUGCCGCUCGGUCCUCCUCGCCUCAUGAUGUCGUUCACGGCCGACGACCAGGUCGACCCGUCCGUCAUCGCUGCGCGCGACGCCAACGAGGGCACGUCGCAGGCGCGCAAGCGGGACCUGCGCGCAGGCUACCUCGACCUCGGGUACGAGGUCGCGGCUGGUGCGGACGCGUGGGCGCAGGGCGGCAAGGGGCUCCGGUUCGAGCCGAGGGAGGUCGAGGUUGAGCAGCCGAAGGAGGGCAGGGCGACGGCGACGUGGAAGGGCCGGCAGAGCUUUGAGGAGGUGCUCGAGGGCAAGGGAGGGGAUCCGGCGCCGGCGGCUGGGUGUCACUGAGGGGUCUCGUGGGCGCUUCUCUCGCCAGCACUCGACGAGCUGUACAUAAGGGUCUUCACACGGCG